UGUAGUUUCGUUGUCUUCGCUCUGGGUGCUGUCAUGUUUCCUGAAAUUCUAUCCUUUUUACAGAAAUUAACUUAACAACGUCAUCGGGCACAUAUUUUUGUGGAAAAUGGGUAUUUUCUUCGCGAAGAAAAAACCCGCUAGUCGGGUUACGGAACACGACAAGGCUGUAUUGCAACUGAAGCAAACGAGAGACAAGAUAAAACAAUAUCAGAGAAGAAUCGAGCAGAGUAAAGAAAAGGAGCGGGAAUUGUUGAAAAAAUUAAUUCAAAAUGAUCAGAGGGAGCGUGCUAAGCUGCUCUUAAAGCGAAGGAAGAAAUUCCGAGAUUAUGAUCAAAUACUUGAGACAAGUGAUAAUCAGUUAGAAAAUUUAGAACGGAUGGUACACGAUCUAGAGUUUGCACAGGUGGAAAUGAAAGUGGUCGAUGGUCUAAAAAUUGGAAACGCUGCACUGAAAAGUUUGCACGAGGUUCUCAAAAUUGAAGACAUUGAAAAAGUUAUGGACGAUACAAGAGAGGGCAUCGAGAAACAGAGAGAAUUAGAUGAAUUAUUGUCUGGUGAAUUCAGUGAAGAAGAUGAAAGGGAUAUUACUGCAGAACUCGAAGACCUUUUGGCAAAGAAUGUAGAAGAAUCCAUGCCAGAUGUCCCCGUAUCAUCUGUGCCGACGGAGGUGAUAGAAGAAGAAGAAGAAGAAAAAGAAAAAGUGAAAGUUACGAAGAAAGAAAAAGCACGGGAACCAGUUGCCUUAGAAGCGUGAGUGGUUGUGCAGUCUGUGCUAAUAUUACUGGACUAAAUUAGAAGAUGCUGCAACUUGCAACAUGUGUAUAUAAUGUGGUGAAUGGGAUGAGAUAGUUAUAUCUCCAGAUGUCGAAAAUCUCAGAGAUUGAAAAGCUAAAUGAUAAACAUCCAGUUAUCAGCUGAUCUCUGAAGUUAGAACAUUUUCUACCAUGGUUCUCAGUAAUUUAACAUCUUAUUUUGGUCACAUGUGUAGAUUUCGUUCUCUGUCUGCUUUGGAGUAUUUUCAGUUCUUCACGAAUAUGUAAUAUUCCGACGAAAACGUUUACUUCUUAUUAUCCAAUAUGGAGAAGAACAAUAUGUACAGUGCUUUAUAAAUAAUAUAAAUUUGUACGAUCCAUACAUGUUAAUAAUGGACAUGUCGCGUUAUCAUAAUUUCAUGAAAGUAUGACUUGCCAAGAUCUAUGAUGCAGUCAUAAGCGUCUUGAUAUGGAACUUUGAAAACCGUGAGAAUGUCUCUUGGAUAAAUAAAUGAUAAUUGUAUAAAAUGAA